AUGUUUAUGGUUGAUAUUCAAGUGUCUGAAUGUUCACUGUUGGAAGUUAAUGCAAUAUUACAGGAUUUGCAUCCCAAAAAUUCUACACAGGAUAAUGAAGAAAAUACAUAUUCGAUGAAAAAUUUCUUACAAAUUCUCAAAUUAGUUGUACAAAAGAAAAUUUGCAAACUGCCACAUAACUCGCUCAAUGGAUUGAUCAUUACUCAAAGUGAUCUUUUUAUUGAAGGCCAAGGCUCCAUUUCAAUAAAAACUCCUCCAUCUGAAGCUCAAAAAAAAUUAAUUUGUUCCUUAAUUAAAGUUAUGUUUUAUAAUAUAGCUGAAGGUAAAUCUUUAAAUGAAAUUUGUGACUUCAAUUAUAAUUUAAUACUAUCUUUAUUUGUAGUAAAAAUUUAUUGUGAAGAACUUGUUGAAUUCGAAUUAGAAAAUCAUUCAACGUAUAGUUUACAUAAUCCAACCAAUUCUUAUGAAUUUUUACAAAGAAAAAUUAGAUCAAUUCUUGAUGAUACAAUAAACACUAAGGAACAAGAACAAACGAGAAGAGUAGGCCAUUUUAAAGAAGCACAUUACCAAUAUAAUAUAUUUUACAAUAUUGAGCCCAAGCCUAAGAAUUCAGAUAUAUCCAAAAGCUUGGUGGAUGACUUUAAUAAUAUAUAUAUCAAUAAAGAUAGUGAUGAAAAUGAAUCGGAUAAUGAUGGUGAAAACAUGAUGUCCGAUGAUGAAUUAACAGUGGUUACAGAUGCUGAAAGCUUUUCAAAAAAAGGACUAUCUUCACUAAAUAUUUCAAAAAAAACAAUUGAAUUUACAACUAUUACAAGUUUGCCAUCUUCUGAAUUCGAAGGUGUAUGGGAAUCCUUACAUUUCGAAAAUAAUUUAAAACAGAAGAUCUACUCACAUUCAACAAUAGCUCUAAAAGUAGCUGAUUUUACAAAUAUAGGGAGAUCAAAAGAUUUCAACAUAUCUAAUAUUUCAAAUAACAAGCUACUCCUAUUACAUGGACCACCAGGAACUGGGAAAACAUCUAUUUGCAAAGCAUUAUGCCAAAAGUUGUCAGUAAGACAGGGAAAUAAUUAUGAACUGGAUUUUAAUACUAUUCAAGAGCCUAAGGGCAUACUCGUUGAAUUACAAUGCUCUAAAAUAUUCUCUAGAUGGUUCGGAGAAUCUACAAAAAAUAUAUCAACCAUAUUCAAUGACAUCCACAAGUUACUGAAAAUAUAUGAAGGUAGAAAUAUAUUUGUUUGUCUUCUUAUUGAUGAAGUUGAGACGAUUGCUCUUUCAAGACAAAGCUUAUUAGGAAAGAAUGAAUCUAUGGACAGUGUAAAAGUAGUAAGUACCUUGCUAACAAAUUUGGAUUCUUUAAAAAAAUAUAACAACUUUCUAGUAUUGGCAACUUCCAAUUUGCUGGAAUCACUGGAUCCUGCAUUCAAAGAUAGGGCAGAUGCAAUAUUUUAUGUAGGUUCUCCUUCAGUAAGUGGGAUUAUUAAAAUUUUAAACUCUAGUUUCCAAGAACUACUCAAUAAAGGCGUGCUCACCAAUAAAUAUGCCAAUCAAUCGGAUCCCCUAAAAGGUCAGAGUUAUCAAAGCCUUAUUACUCUUUUAGCCGAAAAAUGUAACGUAUGUAUAAUUAUACUUUAUUUCCACCAGAAUACCAUAACGUGCUUUGAUAGUUUACUAACACAAAUACAUGCUUUUUUCUCUCAUCUUUAG